UCCGGGUUAUUUCCUGUGCGCGUUUUGUGAAGAGUGUAGUGGAAUCACGAACUGUGAAAAACACGUGAAAACAAGAUUCAGCAAUAGAUUAAAUCGUCAAGAAUUAUAAAGUUUUUUUAUUUUUCUUCAUCUUAAGAAGAAGUGGAUUCAAAAAAGUUUCAGCUGAUCUUCAAUCAGUUAUUCUAUGUGCAGAAAUGAAGUUGGUAUGUACUUAAAUAUUUCGAAGUAAUUAGUACUGCCUAUCUGGUCACCCCACCCUGCCAUGUAAUGUUCUCAAGUUCAAAUCAACUACCAUCAUGCUCGAUUGUGGCCUGGACAUGACUUCUGUAUUAAACUUCAUACCUUUGCCGCUAGUUCACAGCUCAAGACUUUCAACCUUGCCUUCAUGGAUUAUGAAAGAUGGAAACACUAUAUUAGAAAAGGGGUUUAAAGAUUGUGCUGGUCGAGUUUUCAUUGACUCCUUACCUGAAUUCUGCCUCCCAGAGAAGGAACUUUUGGAUCUUUCAACCGUUGAUGUGAUUCUGAUUUCCAACUACCACUGCAUGAUGGCUCUUCCAUAUAUCACUGAACAUACUGGAUUCACAGGCACUGUUUAUACCACAGAGCCUACUCUCCAGAUUGCCAGACUCUUAAUGGAAGAGCUUGUGCAUUUUAUUGAAAGAGUUCCAAAGGACCAGUCUGCUGUCUACUGGAAGAGCAAAGAAAUGUGGAGGCUUCUUCCAUCUUCACUUAAAGAUGCUGUAGAUGUCACAACAUGGAAACCCUGCUAUAACAUUCAAGAUGUAAAUGCAGCUCUCAGCAAGGUCCAGUUAGUUGGAUACUCACAAAAAAUUGAGCUGUUUGGUGCUGUCCAAAUCACUCCACUAAGCUCUGGAUACUCAUUAGGAAGUUGCAAUUGGAUUAUUCAAUCCCAUUACGAAAAAGUGUCAUGUGUGUCUGGAUCAUCUCUACUUACCACCCACCCACAGCCAAUGGAGCAGAGUUCUUUGAAGAACAGUGAUGUCCUAAUUUUAACUGGUUUGACUCAGAUCCCGACUGCUAAUCCUGAUGGUAUGCUGGGAGAAUUUUGCAGCAAUCUAGCUAUGACUAUACGUAGUGGAGGUAAUGUUCUGGUUCCCUGCUAUCCAUCAGGAGUCGUCUAUGACCUUCUUGAAUGCCUUUAUCAGUUUAUCGACUCUGCCAGCCUUAAUUCCACUCCUUUCUACUUCAUAUCUCCAGUUGCAAAUAGUUCUCUUGAGUUCUCACAGAUAUUUGCGGAAUGGCUUUGUCAAAGUAAACAAUCAAAAGUGUAUCUUCCAGAACCUCCUUUCCCUCAUGCUGAGCUUAUUCAAACAAACAAACUGAAGCAUUAUUCUAGUGUCUACGGAGAUUUUAGCAAUGAUUUUAAGCAGCCCUGUGUGGUAUUCACUGGUCAUCCUUCUCUUCGUUUUGGGGAUGUUGUUCACUUCAUGGAAUUAUGGGGCAAAUCCAGCUUGAACACUAUAAUAUUUACAGAACCAGAUUUUUCCUAUGUUGAUGCUUUGGCUCCUUUUCAACCACUUGCCAUGAAAUGUGUGUACUGUCCUAUUGAUACUCGUCUUAAUUUUAUCCAAGUGAAUAAAUUACUCAAAGAACUUCAGCCCCUUCAUCUGGUGUGCCCAGAACAGUACACUCAGCCUCCACCUUCACAGGUUCAUCGUUCUGAUUUGAUGCUGGAUGUUCAGAUGCCCUUAAUGGCUUAUAAACGCUGCAGUGUACUCACCUUACCUUUCAGGAGGAGCUUUGAGCGAAUUGAAAUUUUACCCCAGCUUGCAGAUUCACUUAUGCCAAUUGAAAUGAAGCCUGGCGUUUCUGUUGCAACCAUCUCAGCUACGCUGCACUCAAAGGACAAUAAGCAUGUCUUGCAGCCUCCUCUUAAAACAAUGGUUCCCCCACUUUCUAAGAAGAGAAAGCGUGUGAUUGAAGAAUCCACUGAACUCAAAGCACCUAAACCAUUGCUUAGUGGAACAAUACCAGUUGAGUUGUUUCUGGCUACUCUGCAUAAGAAUGGAAUAACAGAAGUGAAAAUGGAAGAUACUUCAGAAGGUCAUAUCCUCCACUUACAGGAAGAAGAUACCCUGAUACAACUAGAGGAUGACUCCACACACAUAAUAUGUGACAAUAAUGAGUCUUUGCGAUCUACCUUAAGAGAUCUAGUACUCAGAUUCUUACAAAAGCUAUGAAACAUCAUGAAGUAGACAUUAUGUAUUGAUUAAAAUGUUAUUCUAACUGAAUAAUGUCAGUUUUAUUUAUUAAAGUUAUUCACAUAGUGUA